AUGAAGAUGUUUAUUACAAUGUCGAUGUGCUUAUCGGUUAUCGCCUGUUUCUACGCCGGCGUUGGGACCGGUGAGACACUUGUACCGGCUCUAAUCAUAAUGGGAGAUUCAGUUGUUGAUGCCGGUAACAACAACCACCGUAUUACCCUCGUCAAAGCCAAUUUUCCUCCCUACGGACGUGACUUCGUCGCCCACAGUGCAACUGGCCGUUUCUCUAACGGAAAACUUGCCACAGACUUUACCGCUGAGAAUUUAGGGUUUACAUCUUACCCGGUGGCUUACCUUAGCCAAGAAGCAAAUGAGACAAAUUUGUUAACCGGAGCCAAUUUCGCAUCUGGAGCUUCCGGUUUUGACGACGCAACUGCCAUAUUUUACAAUGCAAUAACAUUGAGCCAGCAGCUGAAAAACUACAAAGAGUACCAAAACAAGGUGACGAACAUUGUGGGAAAAGAAAGAGCAAAUGAGAUAUUCUCAGGUGCAAUUCAUCUUCUAAGCACAGGAUCAAGCGAUUUUCUUCAAAGUUAUUACAUCAAUCCGAUCCUUAACCGGAUUUUCACGCCUGAUCAAUACUCAGAUCAUCUCUUGAGAUCCUAUUCCACCUUUGUCCAAAAUUUGUAUGGUUUAGGGGCUAGGAGGAUUGGAGUGACGACGUUACCGCCAUUAGGUUGUUUACCAGCAGCGAUAACCCUGUUUGGUGGGGUCGGGAACAAUAUGUGCGUGGAAAGACUAAACCAGGAUGCAGUUUCCUUCAAUACGAAACUCAACAACACGUCUAUUAACUUAACCAACAAUCUUCCCGGUCUGAAGUUGGUCGUCUUUGACAUCUAUAAUCCUCUAUUGAACAUGGUCAUAAACCCUGUCGAGUAUGGGUUUUUCGAAUCAAGAAGGGCUUGUUGUGGAACGGGUACAAUGGAAACUUCGUUCCUAUGUAAUGCAUUGUCGGUGGGUACAUGCUCGAAUGCUACGAAUUACGUGUUUUGGGAUGGUUUUCAUCCAUCCGAGGCAGCCAAUCGUGUUAUCGCAAAUAAUCUUCUUGUCCAAGGAAUACCCCUCAUCUCUUAA